CCCACACCGUCAACAUCUCCCAUAAAACCACACUCUGCUCUUGUUCGCCGUCACGCCGUUUUUCUCUCUCGACACACAAACAACUACUCUCUCGCUCUUCAAUUUCCUCUGAUUUUCAAUGCCUUCCUAGAAACCCUAGUUCCCCAAAUUCCCAAAACCUUUCUCCAAUUUUCGAAAUUCUCGUUCAUGGAGAACUACUCCCAUUCUUCCCACCCGGAUUCCCUCGAUUCCUCACCUCGUUCCCGCGAGGUGGAAAACGAGAACACCUCCUUCGACGAACCCCCUCCCUCCAACACCACCUACAAAGUCAAGCUCGUGUGCAGCUAUGGCGGAAAAAUCCAACCUAGGCCCCACGACAACCAGCUCGCAUACGUCGGCGGCGACACCAAGAUCAUCGCCGUCGAUCGCAACAUCAAAUUCUCUGCAAUCAUGGCCAAGCUCUCUGCGCUCAUCAACGCCGACGUUUGCUUCAAGUACCAACUCCCCGGCGAAGAGCUCGACAACUUGAUCUCCCUCAUCAACGAGGAGGAUCUCGACCACAUGAUGGACGAGUACGAUCGCCUGUGCCGCGCCUCACCUAAGCCAGCAAGACUGAGGUUGUUCCUCUUCCCUCUUAACAAUGCUUCUUCUGCCCCGAAAAUCGAUCUCGAACCCACCGAAUCGAAACCGGAGCAGCAGUGGUUCGUGGAUGCUCUUAACUCCGUGCAGAAUAUUCCGCCUCUAGAAGGUUCUUCUCCACCGCCACCAAUGCAGCCGGCUAAUCCUGAUUUUCUGUUUGGAUUGGAUAACGCGUAUCCCGCGGUUCCGGCGGCGAAAGCGCAGGAAUUUGCGGAAACUGUUCCGACUGUUCCGGAAAUUGCGGCGGGAUCGGAGUGCGGGUCCGAGGAUCCGCAAGCGGUUAGAGAACCGGAGAUCCAAGAGCAACAGUGGUUGCAGAAUGGGAACAACGAGCAACUUCUGCAACGGAAAAUCGAGGAAGAGAAUAGCAGAGUUUACGGCGUGGACUGUUACCCUCAGAAAAAUCCGGAGAAUGUGGCGCCGUUAAUGGCACAUGCACAUGCACAUGCUCAUGCUCAUGCUCAUGCUCAAGUCAACUCCGGUCCGCUUACUGUUCCUGGACCGGUAUCGGUCCAGGCAUCCUUUUUGCAGGAAAGGCAUAACCAGGGAGGUGGCUAUUCCGAGCAGCAGCCGGUUUAUCUCAUCCAAACACCUUCUGGUAUGUACCAAGCCGUGCGGCCCGUGACUGGACCAAUGGGUCAACCGGUGUAUCUCAUUCAAACACCGGUUUCGCUUUCGCACUCGCAUUCAGCUAACAAUAUUGCUUACAAUGGUUCAGAGGUUGGGGGAAUGUCUGAGCGUGGAUAUUCGCAGGUUGCGUACUUACCUGAAAGGUCUGGUUUGCGGCGACAGGCUGCGGCGGCGCCCGGCGGUGAAGGCUGGAAUUGAGCAGAGGCAAGGGUGCUGGGAGAUUGUUGCUAGGGUUUAUUUUUCUGUUGUCUGCGUGCGUGAUCCUGGAUAUAAGUCUUUUUGAUUUUGAUUUCUCCUUUUCGUAGCACAAUGCUGGUCGUUUUUGGUUUUUCUUUUGCUUUAUUUUGGUAUAUGGGUAUGGACAUUGUUUAUUUGUGCAUAGGUGCAUUCAUACUU